AUGAGCAGAGUGGAACAGGUUAUCGGAGAUCAAAUUCCUUUCAAGAGUCUCAUGGCCAAGAAGCACAUUAGCAAGACAGUGAUUGCUGCCUUUUUGGCAACCUUCUUGACUCCAACCCUGGCAAAGAUGGACCGAAGCCAGUUCCUGCAGGGAAACUAUGAGGACUAUAACACCAAUUUCGAUAUCGAUGGCAGCAUUGCUCUCAUCCAUGAUACUAAUCCACGGAGUGAAUGGGAUGGCGCAUUGGAUUACAAACGAGAUUAUUUGGCUGCCAAACUAUUUAACAAGAAGGCUUGCGUGCUGACCAAGAUGGACAAAGUGAUCUUCCCCAGUCUGGAAGUCCUCCACAAAGCCCUACACAAGCAGUUACCCAGGCAUGAUGCCUCCUCAAAAGGUGCCACCUAUGUGGUUUUACCCACUCGGGUUAAGAACGUUGCUCAAUAUGGAAAGCCUAUCAGUGAUCUGUGUAGAGGGGUUCCCACCUACUUUGCACAGCAACGGGCUGAGGGAAGUGCCCCAGGACUGAAUCCCCAAUCUUGCUUCAAAGCACGAAUUUUUGCCAACAUAUUCAGUUUUGGCAUUGCCAUCUGUGGGGAGAUCCCAGGUCUCUGA